ACAACAAACACUAACAAACUAAACAUGUUUUCAUCAGUCAUAAAUGCCUUAAUAUUAAGUUUAUUCAUUUGCAGCGUUAGUUUUUAGAGAUUUGUUUUGUCUAACAGGGUCAUUUAAGACCAUUAACUCUGUUAAUUAUUCUCUUCUUAAAGAUGGAGUUUAUUAAAGAGGAGGAGAGUGAAGAUAUAAAGAUGGUGUUUAUUAAAGAGGAGACUGAAGACAUGAAGAUAAUUAUUAAAGAUGAGACUGAAGACAUAAAGACAAUGUUUAUUAAAGAUGAGACUGACAACAUGAAGAUAAUUAUUAAAGAGGAGUCUGAAGACAUGAAGAUUGAAGAAACAUUCAGUGUGAAACAUGAAGAUACUGAGGAACAAACAGACCUGAUGGCACUGAGAGAGGCAAGUCAUGAACUUAAUGAAAGGGAAGAAGAGAAAGAACAUUAUAAUUUAAUGAGUGAAGAAAAAUCAACAGAGUUUUCCUUACAAAAAGGAGCUCAAAAGACAGGAACUAAAAGUUGUUUCACCUGCCAACAGUGUGGAAAGAGUUUCAAACAUAAAAAACACCUUAUAGACCACAUGAGCAUUCACACUGGAGAGAAACCUUUCACCUGCCAACAGUGUGGACAGAGUUUCAGAAGAAAAGGAAACCUUAAAGUCCACAUGAUGAUUCACACUAGAGAAAAGCCUUACACCUGCACUCUGUGCGGGAAUGACUUCAAACGGGAGCAAAGCCUCAGGCAACACAUGAUAAUUCACACUGGAGAGAGCCCAUUCUCCUGCCAGCAGUGUGGAAAGAGUUUCAGUGACAAAGCAAAACUUAAAAUCCACAUGAGAAUUCACACUGGAGAAAAGCCUUACACCUGCCAACAGUGCCCGGGACGGGAGACGCGGUUCACCACGCCAGCCAGUGGCAGUUGGACACAGCUGCAUUGCAACGGACCGCUCGACUGGCGGGAUCCUCGCAUAUCCCCUGGCCUCUCCGCCAUCCAGGGAGGUGAAGGCGGACGAGGGUCCAGACCUCGCACGAAUGCUAUACGGCGCCCGCCAAGAUCUGGUCACCUCAUCGUGCACCUCCGGGAAGAAAGGCAUCAAUCAUCAAGCCAAGAGGGCCCGGGAAAGGGUGGAGGGUUCCACACGAGUCCGGCACUCUCGACUGCCCGGGAAAGCACAGCCGUCAACUCGGGAUCGGCUUCGGGCAACGCUACAGUCCCAGAGGGAGGGAGCGCAGCCGAGUCUUCAUCUCCCGAGGACUCCUGCUCACCUUCCGAUGCUGAGAUCGACAUCUGA